GAGCAGGAGGGCUAUUUGGUGGGAUUGCGACGACUCGAGGCCCAGGGCUUGAUAGACAUAGGCAAUUUGGCCUACUGGAAGGUGUCCUCCUUCAAGUUGGGCUGUGGAAUAGCUCAGUUGCGAGAAGACAGUCCUGAUACCUUUUGGCAGUCUGAUGGCACUCAACCCCAUUUCAUUACCAUCCACUUCUCCAAGAAGGUGGCCUUGAAGCAGAUCUCAAUCUACACUGACUUCAAUUUGGACGAGAGCUACACCCCAUCAAGCAUAAUGGUCCUCGCUGGCCAUGGCUUGCACGACUUGAAAGAGGUGACGAGCAUCACCAUGAGAGAGCCCAAGGGCUGGAACCAUAUCAAGUUUGACGACCUAAGAGAAGAUGGUUUGUUAAAAUGUUUUUUUCUCAAGAUACUAGUCGUUUCAAAUCACCAGAAUGGUAAAGACACUCAUAUCAGAUCAGUCAAGACUUUC